AUGUCGGGACAACCAGUCAACACAAAGCAACGCAGACCACAACACAAUAAGGAGCACAAGCGGACCAAUAGAUUCACUGAAUUCGCCACACUUCAAGUAGCCAAUCACGCGCUGUUAUCAUCCGUGGUACACAACAAGAAGGAAUUUAGAACUUUAUGCAUGCAUCUUGGAAGCUUUUGGAAACCUCACCACGCACCCUCACCAGCCCAGAAGUAUGUGAAUAUGGGGAUCGGAUUAUCUUUACAAACUUCUGGGGCAUACCCUGUUGAGCAAGUGUAA